AUGGAGAUCAGAGAUGGAGUCUUAGAAAGUGUCGGCAAUCUCGCAAACCUGAGAAGCGUGGCUUUCUCUGGUAUCUCCAAAUUCACGACUGGUGGCCUUCUUGAGUUUGUGUCGCAUCUUGGGCCAGGGAACCAAGGCAUUCGGGUCAUGGUCGAUAUGGCUGAUCCAGAUACGAUGCUAUCUGAAGGGGAGGUUACGGUUGUGCGAGAGAGUCUAUGGGAGAAAGUCAGUGGGACUCUGGAGUAUACGCCGUGGAGAGCUCCGGAACAACAAUAUCAAUUGGAAAAGUGUUUCAUGUCUUCAAAACGAAUACUCGUGAUUGCUGGCUCGGAUAGCUCUGGUGGAGCCGGCCUCGAAGCGGAUCAGAAGGUUAUUGCCGCUCAUGGCUGUUAUGCAAUGACCGCUACUACCGCUCUUACAGCUCAGAACACGCUGGGUGUGUAUGGCAUUCAUCACACACCUCCCGCGUUUCUUCGGAAGCAAAUUGAUGCAUGUAUCGAGGAUAUAGGGAUCGAUGUUGUCAAGACAGGAAUGCUGGCGUCUGCAACCACAAUUCAGGUUGUUGCCGAUGCAUUUCGUCAAUUCAAUGUUGCUGUGUCUGUAAUCGACCCGGUCAUGGUAUCAACAAGUGGCUCACAGCUAUUACCUGAAGAGGCUGUGGAGACUCUAAUCAAGCAACUACUUCCAUUAACGACCAUCCUCACCCCAAAUUUGCCGGAAGCCAAGUUACUUCUAAAAACAGCUGGAGUAUGUUUCAAAGAGCCAGAGGAUGUUGACGACAUUGUAAAUAUUGCCAAAGCGCUUCAGGGACUGGGGCCGAAAUAUGUCCUUCUGAAGGGAGGUCAUUUACCAUUGACGAAAGGACGACUUGUCUCUAAAGGUAAAGCUGAUCGACAUGUUGUUCUCAACGUCCUGUUUGGGAACGGGGAUUUGACCUUGAUGGAGACUGCGUAUUUGGAGUCGAGGAAUACGCAUGGGACAGGUUGUUCACUGGCUUCUGCCAUUGCUUGCAAUCUCGCUUCCGGCAUGUCUGUCACCAGGGCUGUCACAAGAGCCAAUAAAUAUGUCGAAGCGGGUAUCAAAGCUAGCAGAGAUAUUGGGGGAGGCAGCGGUCCGAUCAACCAUUUCCACUCGACUUAUACCUUGCCAUUCCCACCGGGCGGUUUCAUCGACUACCUCUUAGAGCGAGAAGAUGUACAAGGGCCAUGGAAAGAGUACACCGAGCACGAUUUCGUACAGUGUAUGGCUAACGGUACUUUGUCGGAGGAGCUUUUCAAGCAAUAUCUGAUUCAGGACUUCCUGUUUCUAAUCCACUUCGCUCGCGCAAACGCGCUAGCCUCAUACAAGUCAAAGUCUAUGGUCGACAUUGGCCGGUCUGCCCAGCAAGUGCUUCACCUUCAGGAGGAGAUCAAACUCCACAUCGAAUUUUGCAAAGACUACGGCCUCUCGGUAGAGGAUAUAGAAAGUCAGGAGGAGAGCCAAGAUACGAUUGUUGAUGGAUGCGCCAGAUACGUCCUCGACAUUGGGCAGUCUGAAGACUGGCUAGCAUUGCAGAUCGCGCUCUUGCCCUGCCUGAUCGGCUACGGCAUCAUCGCGCGACGCCUCUUCGACGACCCAAGUACAGUGCGAGAAGGAAGCAGAUACUGGAAAUGGGUCGAAACAUAUGUCGCCGAAGGUUAUGUGGAAGCAAUGAAGAACGGGUCAGAUUUAAUCGAGAAGCAUGCGAAAAAACAGUCCGUUUCAAGGAUUGACGAUCUGGCACGGAUAUUUAUUCAUGCUACUAAGAUGGAGACGGGUUUCUGGGAUAUGGGAGCAAAAGGAGCACUGGAGUUUUCACCGGUCCCUACCGCGACUUCAUACACCAUGUCUUACGGCGGCGGCGGUUACGGCUCUCGUCACAGUGGAAGCAACGGAUAUUCCAACGGGUACGAUAGCAGAAGCGGUGGAUACGGUGCCUACGACAACUACUACUCCAGCCAUAUUCCGUACGGGUAUGCUAGUAUCCCCACGAUGGGCCUCGGUGGCGUAGCUUUUGCACCCCAUUCAUCAUGCAAUCUCCUUCUCAUCAAAUUCCGCGUGCAGAGCGAAUCUGGCGGUGGCAGUAACGGAAAUGUAAACGGCUAUUCUGGCGGCGGCGGCGGCGGCGGCGGAUAUAGCAACGGCUAUUCGGGAGGCGGCGGAGGCUUCGGUGGCGGCGGUGACAGGAUGUCCAACCUCGGCAACGGCCUCAAGCAGCAAAACUGGGAUCCGAGCACUCUUACCAAAUUCGAGAAGAACUUCUACAAGGAGGAUGACGCGGUUGCCCAGCGCUCCGAGGCUGAGGUCGAGGCGUUCCGCAAAGAAUUCCAGAUUUCAGUCCAGGGUCACGACAUCCCUAAGCCGGUUACGACUUUUGACGAGGCUGGAUUUCCAAGUUACGUCAUGAGUGAAGUUAAAGCCCAAGGAUUCGCGAAACCCACCGCCAUCCAGUCCCAAGGCUGGCCGAUGGCUCUCUCUGGACGUGAUGUGGUCGGUAUUGCCGAGACUGGAUCUGGAAAGACUCUGACCUACUGUCUCCCGGCCAUUGUCCACAUCAACGCCCAGCCUCUUCUCGCCCCAGGUGACGGCCCUAUCGUCUUGAUCCUUGCGCCCACCCGUGAAUUGGCUGUCCAGAUCCAACAAGAAAUAAGCAAGUUCGGUAAAUCAUCCCGGAUUCGAAAUACGUGUGUCUAUGGAGGUGUUCCAAAGGGUGGCCAGAUCCGCGACCUUGCGAGGGGUGUUGAGGUUUGCAUUGCAACACCUGGCCGUCUUAUUGACAUGCUUGAAUCUGGAAAGACUAAUCUGCGUCGUGUAACCUAUCUGGUGCUCGAUGAAGCUGACCGCAUGUUGGACAUGGGCUUCGAACCGCAGAUUCGCAAGAUCAUCGGACAGAUUCGUCCGGACCGCCAAACUUGCAUGUGGUCUGCUACUUGGCCAAAAGAAGUUCGUCAAUUAGCCUCUGAUUACCAGAAGGAAUGGAUCCAAGUUAACAUUGGUUCCUUGGAUCUCUCAGCAAACCACCGCAUCCAGCAGAUUGUAGAGGUCGUCAGCGAUUUCGAGAAGCGUGAGAGGAUGAGCAAGCAUCUUGAGACCAUCAUGAGCGAUAAAGCAAACAAGGUCUUGAUCUUCACAGGUACCAAGCGCGUUGCGGACGAUAUCACCCGAUUCCUCCGUCAAGACGGGUGGCCAGCGUUGUCUAUUCACGGUGACAAGCAACAGAAUGAACGUGACUGGGUCUUGAAUGAAUUCAAGACUGGAAAGAGCCCCAUCAUGGUUGCUACCGAUGUGGCUUCCCGUGGUAUUGAUGUUCGCAAUAUUACCCAUGUGCUGAACUAUGACUAUCCGAACAAUUCGGAAGACUACGUUCACCGCAUUGGUCGAACCGGUCGUGCAGGUGCCAAGGGUACUGCAAUUACGUUCUUCACUUCCGAUAACUCGAAGCAGGCCCGUGAUCUUGUCUCAGUACUCACAGAGUCUAAGCAGCAGAUUGAUCCUCGUCUGCAUGAGUGGGCCCGUUACAGCGGCGGAGGAGGCGGCCGUUGGGGUGGAGGACGUGGUCGUGGUGGUGGCGGAGGUCGUGGAGGUGGAGGUUGGAGUGGUGGCAACAGUGCACCCGUCCGCAAUAACCGCUGGUGA